AUGAAUGCAUAUGCACGCCCUCCCAAUCUUUGGGAUAUGAGGAUAUACAUAUGCAACGAGUCUAUCAAUGGCGACUUCGGCUUAGCUGACGAACCACGAUCUGACCGGCAGACCAUGCGUGAAUCCACCAUCAAAGGGCAUCGGAGGCUCAUGCAGCAGCAAGAGGCAGAAUUUGCAAUUACUGGGAUCAGCAGAUGUGAGAAGACUUUACUACAGAAUGCGCUGUGUAUUGGGGAUUCCCAAGCACGUGGAAGAAGAACCGUGUCCUGA